CCAUAACAGGUACGAAAGGUGCACGACGUGUCAACCCCAACAGACAAUGUGUGAUUGUGAGAGAUGUCUAGACUAGAACUAGAAGAAGAAGCUGAUUUCACUGCACACGAAACAGUCGUGUAUGAUCUAGUGUAGAAUCGAUGUAAUGCGUGGUGGAACUCGAGAGUAUGUGAGUGAGAUUGCGGUGUGUCAGACAACUCGGACCAUAAUUAUAAUCCAUAUCUAGCUGACCGUUGAAAAUCCCGGUCUCAUUCGAAGGCGUAGUCGCUGGGACGGUGCAGACUCCACUCGGGACCAUUCGUGCACUGCAUGUUCUAGGCAAAGUCAGUGUGCGAAUGACUGGAUGAAUUUCGUCUGCAUUAUUGUGUAGUAGAAUUGUUCGACCACCAGUCCAGUGCUACUAGUAGUCUCCCUACCGCCGCUUUCGUAUUCUACUGUCCGAUAGGGCCGGUCUCCACAGGCUCAACAGAUCCUGGGAUAGAACGGGUCACAGCGAUAGGAUUGUAAGCAGAACUACUUGUUGUUGUGGAGCUGGCUUCUCCGACCCAGAGAGAUCGAGAAGCAUCCCGUUUGUGUACCGACGUCAAACGAAAGGAAGUCGAUGGUAGUCCGGGCGCAGUCACCGCGCAAAGAAGGUUUCUGUUGACAGAUUUUUCUCAAUCACAUUGUUAGGACGAAAGGAACGCCAGUAAUUCGCGGCCCAUGCGUCAAGUGCCCUGUGCUUGAGAAAAUGAGCUUUCUGGAGAGGCCCGGAGUGAUGGUGGAGCAGAAUUGUUGCGACCAGCACGUUGGUGUUCGGUGGAGUAGUAUGGAAUAACUGCUCGCUGACACUAGGCGAGGACUGAGUAGGAAUUCGAGGCCAGUUUGGAAUAGGAUGUGGCCGUUCAGACGAAAAUCGGUUGGCGAUGCGGCUGCCCAACAGCAACAGCAAAAGCAGCGCUCUGAUGGCGAACGACGCAAGGCCAGCCAGAGCCAGCGUCAGGGCAGCACUGGUGGAACACCCCAGCAGGGUCUCCCCACAUCGGAGAUCACCGCCGAAGUGUACUAUCUCGGCGCGCUGCAGGUGUCGGACUCGAAGUCCAUCCCGACCAUGAUCGCCACCAUUGGCGAGCUGAAGAGCAAGGCGGGGAAGUCGCUUGUGCCCGGAAAGCACGCCAGAUUGGUAGAGUUCUGUUUGAAGCGUGAUCAGCUAACGCUGUAUGAGGGUGCAGGCAGUGGAUCCACAGGCAGUAACAGCACAAUUGGAGACGAGACAGGAGGCAAGAGUGCAGCAGGCGGUAGUAAUACUAGCAGCAGUCACAGUAGACAUAGUCGGCUAAAGAGCAACGGGCGACAGAGCUCUGGCCGCGGAGAGGUCCUGGACGACUCGAUAGACUAUCCGAACUCGUCGUCGUCCAGCGUACGCUCCAGUGGAUCGGACAGCACGCCGCGGCAGCAGAGAGAGCGGGUGCCAAUAUUCCGAGCGCACUGCAGCACGAUCGCCAUGUGCCUGCAGGAGAACCUGUACGGCAAGUCCAAGUCGGCGAACACGGGCACCGAGCACUUUGCCCUGAACAUGACGGAGCUGGCGCCGAUUCGCAUGAGCAGCGGGCAGAUAGCCCAGCGGCGUGUGCACUGGUGCCAUGUGUUCCGCGCUAAGAACCAUACAGAGGCCUAUCGACUGGUACAGUGCAUCGCCUAUACGUUCAUGGAGCUCGGCCAGAAGUCCAUGAUGCGGCCUGGCAACAGCAGCUCCACCGUGGAGCGCAACGAAGGCAGCAUCUUCAGCCGACAUGACACGGAUAGCAACGCUGUACUAUCCAUGUCGUCCAGCAGUCCCAGUCCUCCGGCACGCCGACGACGGUCUCUGAAUGAGGCUGACAGUGGUCGUGGUACGGACACGUCACACCAUCACGGUAGUCAUAGCGCCCUGCACACUUCACACGGCGGUGGUGGUGGUGGUGGCACACACAGCCGUCAGAGCAACGUCAGCAUACACAGCGGCCUGUCCGGCUCCUUGUCCGCACUCAGCGGCCACCACGGAGGUCGUCCAGUCAGCGCAGGCAUGUCGCCAAGCCACCUGUCUGGCAGUCUCGGCACGGUGCAGGAGCGUCAGAACGAGACCGUGCACCACGUCACGCCGGAGCUGCGUCAUCACAACACGCUCAGCAUGGCGUCAUCAAUUGGCUCUGAAGCAUCGGGCAGCUCACAAGCCUACUCCAGUCCUGGCAACACAUUGCCACAUCACUCACAGGCAGCGCUGGCCGUCGAGGCAGAGCUGGACGAGAACAGUGGUGUGCACGCGUCCGACCUCUCCACCGAGACCAGUCAGCUGAUAUUGAGCAACGCACAGCUGAGGAGCAACUGCAGGUUACGGAGCAGCAGCGAAGCAGACAACGACUACCAGGCGGCGCUGUACGCAAUCGGCAGUGGCGACAAUGAGAAGUUGCAGCUACUUCUCGAGACGACAAUCCCGGCAAACGGAGAAGAUGGCAGCAACCACAACCUCAUGCAUUACGCCGCGGCACUGGAGAAUGCUGAUGCCGUCAAGAUACUCUCCAAAAGUGGCUGUCGGCUUGAGACACGCGACAUGUUUGGAUGGACGCCGCUGCAUCGCUGUGCGGUGCGUGGCUGCAGGGACGUGCUGCGCCUGCUGCUCAAGCUGAACGCUGAGAUCAACGCCGUCGAUCACUGGGGCUCUACUCCGCUGCAUCACUGCGUUACUGCCCAGCAAGGACGCUACCUGGAAUGCACCUAUGCACUGGUAGAGCAUGGCGCAGCUAUCGGCGUGGAGAGCAAAGCCAAGGUCAAACCUACGGAUAUUCUACCCGAGUUGAAGGAGAUGCAGAAACGCCUGGUGUCCUCGCUCUCCGGUGCCCUGUCCAAGCUGCCAAGCCUCACAACAACAGCAGAAGAGGAUGAGACCGAGACCACAACAGCCCUGGUUCCAUCACCAGAGGUGACGACGAUUGCAGACAUCUUGGAGGCAUCCGAUGAUCGUCAUUCGUCAGGUCUCAGCAGUCCUCAUGCUCCAUUUGCUCCGCCAACAACACCAUUCAAUGAACUUGAAGAUGGAGAGCCAUUCAGCGCCGACAUGAAGGCCAUGGCGGCACUAGUUGAAGAUACCCGUGGCAACGGCGACGCCACGUCUUGGGAUGCACAGGCCAGGCUGAAGCAAGAGAGCUUGAAGCAGCUGGACGAGACAUAUCGGGAGGUGACAACCGGUAGCAGUCCCAGCAACCAGGCGCACUUGACCAUACCGGGAGGUGACCUGCCACCACUGCACAUCCCGCGCUCCAACAGCAGCGUCAUCAAGGAGCAGUUAGAUCAGCUGAUGGACAGGGAGAUGGAGCAGCUCAGCACACGAGCGAGCAGCAACGGCGAGCGAGACAUGCCGUCACGGCCCAUGUCACGACGAGUCAGCGCCUCAAAAGCGGUUGGAGGACCUCCUGCUACCACCGAUGAGAGUAAAAGCAAGGAGUCUCCUACAAGGACUGCGCCAGCAGCUGCAGCACCAGAAGCAGUUGCCAAGAAAGAGAGCAGUCCAAAACACGACUCGCCGGUGAUUGAUUCCACCAGAGAGCCCGUGACAUCUCCUGUGACUGCAAUACCAAAGAGAGUGGUAAAGCGGCACAAGAGAACUGAUUCGGCGGACCAGCCAUCAUCUGUGUCGCCAAGCCCUGAGAAGGGAGGAGGAAGCUCGUUGGAUGAGAAACGCUCAGUGGAGUCCGACAGCUCCAUAAUGCUGCGACGAUCAAAGUCUGCCUUGACUCGCAAACCUAUGCCGGUCGCGACCGUAGCGCGGAAUGCGUCGGAGCACAUCACAUCAUCACCGCGCAACACACCGCCCAAGUCACUCUCGUCGUCCAGCGACUGGAGUCAGUCGCGGCUCACGCCGAAACAGAACCAGCUCGGCGUCGAGCGGCCCGAGCUGCGGCCGUCUCCACUGCAGCGUAACAAGCACUCUCUUUCUCAACCUGCCUUGUUCGGCACGUCCACUGGGACAACGUCCAGUGACGAUGGCCGACCGUCUGUAAGCCGCAGCGGCAACCUAACGGACACGUCACAGGAACGUUUGAGAGAUGCACUGAUCGACCAAGAAGAGGAGGAUAACAGCGAGGAGUCUGCAUCCAGUGCUAUACUGCAUCUACUCUACAUGUUGUCACGCAAUCCGGAAUGUCACCAAGAGCUACUGGCACACCUGGCAUUGCCAUCGAAUGCCGACAGGCUGGUGGCCAUGGCUCAUGCCCCUAACACUGGGAUCGAGGAUCUCAGCAAGAUUGCGCAUCUGCUGCAGAACAUGUUUGAGGUGGAUGGUCUGAAGUCCCGCAAGGCUGCUAUCAGUGCCGGCAUGCUGAACGUUGUCAUAUCAAUGUGCAACACACCAAGAGCUCUGCAGUUGCCGUGCCUGAACCUGUUGGAAGAUCUCCUGGGUGCUCCGACGGAACGCCGCUUCGCUACACAGCUCAGCUCAGUCAACUGCCUGCCCCUGCUCGAUCUGCUGAUUCCACUGGACAACGACUCAGGUAUCGAUCCACGUCGCCACGCCACACCUCCGCUGCAUCACAAGCGACGCAGUAGCUACUUGGCCGAGAACGAGUAUGACGGCAGGUCGCUAGCAAGCUCAUUCAGCAUUGUGAACGACUACUCGAUGUUCAUUCGCCACUCGACGCUUAAGCUGCUGUCGAUGGCGUCGUACUUUAAGAAGAUGCAGAAGAACCUCAACCACCGGCGCGCUUUGCUGCUGCUGAAGGAGAGGGCGCUGGAGGAUCCCAGUCACUUGGUCUCGCUGACUUUGGAGAUUCUCGCCAACGUUGCUCUGCAGUACGACAUGCACGCCACUCUGGACGAACACGGCAUCCCGGGUGCUGUGCAUCAGUUCCUAUCCUCCUCCAGUUCGGGCAGACAACGGUAUCAUGCUGCUCGCCUGUUAGUUUACAUGGGAAAGCAGAACGUCAGGCACAUGUACUUGUUUGAUCCUAAGAUCGUGAACAUCUUGGCCAGUAAUGAUAUCAUCACCAUGAACAGUGACUCGUCAUCACCCGCCAGGGCUGUCACCAUCGAACGCCUCGUGGAGCUACUGACCAGUAACAACAGUGAUAAGCUGUGGGGCGAGGCGCCUCUCGUAACGCCCAUCGUGUCAACGACCACCGCAACCAGUCCGGCAAACACAGCCGCUGGGGCGACGGGUGCAAGCUAUUCGCUGGAUAUUGGCGACGAAUCUCCGCCGCUGGUCCGUCGGGCAGGCGAUGCCCCGCUCUCCAACCCAUCCAGCAAGAAGGGAAUGUCACCGGGUCGCAUCAUCGACUUUGUCCUGUGCAUCUACCGCACCAUAGUCCACCCGGUCAUCUUCCUGCGCCUGCUCAUCCACAGGUUUCGUGAGCCACGGACCUUCAGUUUGUUCGACUGGGACGACGAGCGUUUCAACGAUUGGGGAGAAGCGCAGGGCAUGUGGUCGAUAGACGCCAACAGCCAGCUAAGGUCAGAGCACUUGUACACGAUGCGUGUGCUGGAGAUCUGGCUGGACACGUACCCGGCGGUGUUCCAGGAGUUUCCGAUCAUGCUGUCGGAGCUACAGAGUGUGCUGGAACCGAUGAAGCGAGUUGGCGGGCCCUACCUGGAGUGUUACACCCGGCUCAAGCAACUCCUAAAGGAUGCCGCACGACCGAGGGAGCUGCCAGACGGCAUUGUUCCUCGUCCACGCGAACUGCCCAUGCACAACGAGCUGUACGCACAGUGCCAGCAGAUGAUUGUCGGUGGCGAGCAGCCGUGCAAGGAGGAUGACGCUAUCUUCCUGGCCGCGCUGCAGAUACACAUUGAGAAUAUUGCUGGAGUGGCAUCGGCACGUAGUCGCUUCAACAAGUUCAAGAUACGAGAAAAAUCCUCUGUGACUAUCAAGACAAAGCGAUGCUUGCCGGCAGAGCUAUCGCGCAACAAGUCCGUGUUCAAGAAGGUCAAGUCUGUGUAUCAACAGAUUGCCGACCGUGGCCUGUCGGAGCGCAAUGCAAAGCACUUCUAUGUUCGCCUGUGCUACAACAUGGACAGUGCUGGCUGUGUGUUCAUCAAAGUGAAGGAAAAGAUACCAGGUCGCAACAAAUCCAUCCGCCGUCUUCUCGGUCUGAGCCCCCACUGCGUGGUCAUCAUGGACGAGAAGACGAAGACUCUGCAGUCGACGCAUCACUUCACGGACAUACGCAAGUGGACGCCGCUCCCGGAGAAGAUGUCGAUCAUGUUCGAAUUUGGCAAGGCCACCACUGUGUUCCAGCUGGAGUCGGUAGCUGGGCUAUCUCAUCUGCGACAACAGCUGGAUCACUGUAUUGAGGAGCUGGACUGGCAGAAAGUAAACAACUUGGACAACUCGCCCUGGUCCCUGCUGGCAGAGAAGGAGGGCGUUUGGGGCCUGGACGCCGUCUGCUCCCUGGCUCACACGCGUGCCGUGCGCGAGACGUUCAUGAUAACGUUACAGAUGGACACACGGCGUCACCAGGAGGAGAGCGACCCGGUCGCCAAGCAACUGCAGCAGGUCAUGGGCGAGGAAGCCAGCCAGCAGUGGGACAACACCGACGAUGAGCAGGACCUGUGCUCAGACACCGAGGAUGACGAUCACGACACCGAGGAUGACAUCACGGACCCGCUGCGAACGCUCAAGGAGCUCACGCAGACCCUGCAGGAAGAGGACGAGAUGGAGUUCUACUCCCAGGACGCCAGCACUCUGUCCAUGAACGCUACCAAGCAGGAAAUGGACCUGUCCGCCAGCUUCCGAGCACCCUUCUCCAGCUCCGGUGGCCCGCCGGCGUUGUCGCAGUCCUUCACCGCGUCAUCACCAUCGUUCCUGGAAGGUCAGUCGCGGCCAACGUCCUCACGGCGCAUUGUCUCACGUCAGCACGAGGGCAGCACUGGUGGUUUGCUGGACAAUUCACCAGGUGCCGACACAUUUCUCAGCAGCGAUCACAGUGGCUUUGAUGAUGCCUGGACAAGUGCACCGAGAUUCACGGAUCCGAAGCAGAAAGCCCGAGCAAGCUCAGCCAAGCAGAGCAAGCCUAGACUGCGACGGCCGGCAGCGGAGGCCAAUCAACAACGGCUGGACUCGCCUCUUAGCAACCGUCACAGCAAUGCUGCGCAAGCAGCGGCGGCCGGCGGCAACGGACAGGUCAUCAGCGCCUCGGUCGGCGAUCUCACCAAGCUGCGCUCGGCCUCCGUGUCGUCAAUGAAGCAUUCUCACCCGGUGUCGGCGGAAUCCUUGUCCGACUCCCUCCACGCCCUGUCGCAUGGACCACCCAGUCGUCCAGGAAGUCGGCCCAGGUCCAGAGCGGUCACGGAGGACACUGUUGCCGAGCUGCAAUCGUCGCUAUCGAGAACGUCCACGCCUCUGAAAAGCGGCGGUCUGGCUAGCGAUAGCAGUGAGCCAGGAUCCCGUCCACACAGCAGACAGCGAGCACACACAGAGAGCGAAGUGUGCCUAACCCCUUCCGCUCUGAUCAAAGCCAGGCAUGCUGCAACCGAGAAGAAGGCCACGCCAGGAGCAGGAGGACGUGGUGGUGGUGGUGGUGGUGGUGGUGGUGGUGGUGGUGGUGGUGGUGGUGGUGGUGGUGGUGGUGUGGUGGACCAGUUCAUCGACAUGCCGCGCUACAACCCGCUCUCCAACUCACCGCACUUCAUGCGCAACCCAAUCUUCUCCAACUCACCGCGCCCGCAGCAUCACUUCAGUCUCGCCACCGGCCUGAACGCACAGCAGAGCGGUUACAGUCCAGCGACAUUGCAGCGACAAAGGUUGGCUAUCGACUCCGGGUACUCGCCGCAAAAUGCACAGCAGUAUCAGAACCGUGCGGGACAGUCGCCACUGUCUCCAUCGCUCUGGGGCAAUGAUACCCUAAACAGAUUCCAGGCAAUGCCUGGCAAUACCCAGCUCACAUCCUCCUCACCACUGCACGAGAGUCCUGCAAUUGCUAGAAGUGCCGGCAUCGGCAGCCCCAGCUCCGCAAACGUAAUCGCGGCAUCCACAGCUACACUCAACCAAGUGGGCGGCGUGGCAUUGCAGCGAUUCGGUCCCAACGCAGCACACAAUGCUGCACACCGUGUGGCAAUGCGUCAGAAAUGCAAGUGCUCGCCGGAUCCAGUGUUGACCCCUGGGUUCAGCCUGGUGCAAAUAACAUCAACAGCCCUGUUGGAGAUUCCCAAGGAACUGGCACGGCAAAUGACACUUAUUGAUCAUGCGCUGUUCUGCAAGAUCACCCUGCCGGAUUUCCUGCACAAGUUCCAACCAUCGCAGUCCUACCAGGUGUCCUCCAAGGACGCGCUGCAGGCCGGUGUAGCCGUGGGACGCUGCGCACAGCACCUGGGACAGAUUGCAAGCUUCGUGGCCGUAUCAAUACUUCAGGAACCUCUUAUUGAAACACGGGCUGAAAUAAUCCGUCAGUUUAUCGUAGCCGCUAAGUACCUUCACCAGCUGCGCAAUUACAGUGGUAUGCUUUCGGUACUGGUCGCUGGCCUCGGCUGCAGUGCAAUCCGACGUCUCUCGAAAACCUGGGAGGUCGUUUCCAAGGAGGACAUGGAGAGCUACCACAGUAUGGAGAAGAUCCUCAGUCCCAAGGGUAACUACAAAGAGUACCGUGACACACUGAGUGAGGCAGCAACACCAUCAGUACCUUUCAUUGGGCUAUGCAUGAAAGACUUGACGUUCCUGUCGGACGGCAACCCAGACUACGUGGCUGGUGGUGUGAUGAAUCUACAGAAACGAAAGCAGUUCUAUAGCAUGUACCAUCAGAUGAGAUGCUUCCAGCAGCAUCAUUACAAUUACACACCGCUACCUAUGGUGCAGGACUUCCUGCUCAAUCAGCCGCACAUUGAUGACGAAGUAUUGCAUCAGAUUUCGCGGCGCCUUGAACCACCUGUUGCUCGCGGGGUCUCUCAGCUUUCCUUGAACUCAAGAGGAUGAAUGUGCUGGUGCCUGAAGCCUGCAGUGCGUACCGUGUCGUCGGAAGACACAACCGCUUGAGUGAUUCACCUUGCCCUCUGCAUUCCGGCUCUAUUCCCUCACUCCUCACCAUGCAUGUUAGUGUAGAUUGGUCUAGAUUGCCGAGGUAGUCAAUCAUUCAGAUAGCGCAGAACUAGUCCUGGUGGCAGCGAGUGGCAUUAUGUUUCAUCCCGCGCAUUGCCCGCCCCGUGCUAGUUUGCCGGCAAGCGCUCCUCUCUCUCUCUCUCUCUCUCUCUCUCUCUCUCUCUCUCUCUCUCUCUCUCUCUCUCUCUCUCUCUCUCUCUCUCUCUCUCUCUCUCUCUCUCUCUCUCUCUCUCUCUCUCUCUCUCUCUCUCUCUCUCUCUCUCUCUCUCGUCUUUUUACUGAAUCAACCACCUGAUCCUCACAUGACAUUGACAGUGUCGUGCGUUUCUUGAUUAACACAAUAUCCCAGUGUAGGUCCACUGAUCCUCAAUGACCUUUUGUGCAUGGCUCAUGGUUUGGCUGUGUGGAUGAUUUUUCCCUGAGGUAUACAUUGACUAAUUCGACCAUUGCGCAAGAAUUUCUACUGUCCUUGAUUAUUCUAUUUUGACCUAUUUUUUCUACUGAAAGUCACAAGCCAGUAUGUACUUGCA